AUGUCGACGAUUACAACAUCGUCCGUCGCAUCCAGCAAUGGCAUGAGGAAAAAUGGUAAAAAUUGGCACGACUCCAAAAAACCAUUCCGCCCUACGUCGGGUUUGACGAGUUAUGAGAAAAGACUCGAGGCGCGCAAGCUCCAGGAGGCAGUGAAGGAACACGAACGGGAAAUGAGGGAGGAAAGGGAGGCUGAACGCAAGGCUCAAAUACAAAAGAUCAAAGAUCGAAGAGCUGCCAAGGAAGAAAAAGAACGCUAUGAAAAAAUGGCAGAGAAGAUGCACCGCAAGAGAGUCGAACGGCUCAAACGGAGGGAAAAGCGUAACAAGCUUCUCCACUCAUGA